AGGUUGGCUUCAACCAGGCACAGUUGAAACCGCGUCGGCAACCAAGCACCACGCACCAUUGGUUGUGCUAACCGCGCUCGUAAUCAGGUCAAGUGUCGACCGUACAACAUGGCCUGUCUUCGUAACAGAAAACUUACCAUCUGGUUCCAAGUUAAUUUGGUGAUUUUACUUACAAAUUUGUGUUUAGCCGAACCCCAGUUGGACUUGCCUCCUUUGAGCCAAUCGAGUUCUCCGAGAUAUGGCGGUUACGGACUGCUGUCCAGCACGCAACCCUCAAUAAACUCACCGGGUAACCAGUUCGAUCAGAACUUCCAAUUUUCAACGGCUCGCCCUAACCAAAAUACCCCUGGUGUUUAUCCCGUAUCAUCGACACCUUUCAAUGGGCAAAUCAACCCAGACAUAAGUAAUAAUGGAUAUCCUAAUUUCGGGAAUGUUGGGAAUCCAAGUUCCACAUUACGACCUGUCGAUGACAGGAAUCGUGACGACAGAAUCGAUAUAAACAAUGAUCCCAAUUUCAGAAGAAACGAUCCCAACUUCGUUCGGAACGACCCGAACUUUGUUGGGACGAAUCCUUACGAAUUCAGUAACAAUAAUAUUGACGAGAGGCUGCAUGCUGUAAAUCUGCAGCAGAUAAGGGACUUCCUGUUGAAAGCUGAUGACCAGGCGUCGAAGGAGUGUACCAACAAUGUAGCUGCCCAGUGGAACUUCGAGACUGACGUCAACGAUGCAACUCAGCAUGCUGCAUUGGACGCACAGCAGCGUUACACACUCUUCCAGCGAGGAUUAUGGGAAGCGGCUCAGCAAAUACCGCGUGGAUUCGUCAGGGAUUACCAGACUUUUAGGCAGCUGAGGAUGCUCUCCAUCAUCGGAUCGGCUGCGUUGCCACCAGAUCAACUGGAUAGAUAUAACCGGAUAAUAAAUGAUAUGCUAGCAGUCUAUAAUACAGCCGAGAUCUGUGCCUACAAUGAGCCAUUCAAGUGCGGGCUGCAUUUACAACCUGAACUCCAAUUCAUCAUGUCCCACUCUAGGGAUUGGGACGAGCUGUCCCACGUGUGGACCGAAUGGAGACGAAACACAGGGAGACGUAUCAGAGAUCUGUACGAGCAGCUCGUGGAUUUAACUAAUCAAGCAGCUAGAUUAAACAAUUUCACGGACGCUUCUGCUUAUUGGAUGUUCCCUUAUGAAUCUGGAAAUUUAAGGCAAGAAGUAGAAGAGGUUUGGGAGCAGGUGAAACCAUUGUAUGACCUGCUUCACGCGUACGUCCGUCGUCGCCUCAGGGAAGCGUACGGUCCCGAAAGGAUAUCCCGAUCCGCACCAAUACCCGCGCACAUCCUCGGCGAUAUGUGGGGCCAAAGCUGGUCUGGAAUCGUGCCGUUCACUCUGCCGUACCCUGGGAAAACCCUCGUCGAUGUUACCCCGGAGAUGAUACAACAGGGCUACACUCCAUUGACCAUUUUCCAACUGGCCGAGGAGUUCUUCGUAUCAAUGAACAUGUCCGCCAUGCCGCCAGAUUUCUGGGCGCUGAGCGUGUUCGACCAGCCCCAAGACAGGCACAUCCACUGUCAGCCUUCAGCCUGGGACUUUUGUAAUCGUCAUGAUUUUCGAAUCAAGAUGUGCACCCACGCAGACAUGAAAGACUUGGUGACAGCGCAUCACGAAAUGGCGCAUAUCGAAUAUUUCCUGGCGUACAGAAACCAACCUAAAGUCUUCAGGGAUGGAGCUAACCCUGGUUUCCACGAGGCUAUAGGGGAGGCCAUCGCUCUGUCCAUCUCCUCGCCGCGCCACCUCCAAACUCUGGGCUUGGUGCAGCGCUCCAUUGACGACACGGCACACGACACCAACUACCUGUUCACACAGGCCAUGGACAAGCUUGCCUUCUUACCGUUCGCACUGGUCAUGGACCGGUGGAGGUGGGACGUCUUCACCGGUGAUGUGAGGAAGGAACAGUAUAAUUGUCAUUGGUGGAGAUUAAGGGAACAGUACCAAGGCAUCAAACCCCCAGUACUUCGUUCCGAGCUCGACUUCGAUCCUGGCGCGAAAUACCACAUUCCAGCGAACAUUCCGUAUAUAAGAUAUUUCGUGAGCACCAUACUUCAGUUCCAAAUUCACCGAGUAUUAUGCGAAAGGACCGGCCAGUUUAUCCCAGGGGAUUCGACGAGGCCGCUGCACAAGUGUGACAUCUACAGGAAUCCCGAAGCCGGCAAAAUAUUAACGCGUAUAAUGGAGCGUGGUUCGUCAGCGCCGUGGAACCAGAUCCUACAGGAUGCCAUCGGCGAAACUCGGCUAAGUGGAGAAGCUCUUAGAGACUAUUUCAGACCUUUGGAAGACUGGCUCCGAAGUGAGAACCUAAGGACUGGGGAAUAUUUGGGUUGGAGUUAUGACGGAGAUUAUUGCAAAUUCAGCAUCGAAACAGCUGGUCUCCAAGUGUACGGUGGAUUCUACAACUCGGCCCAUCGGAACUUCGACCUGACCAGCUUCUUCACAAUACUACUCAGUUCAACACUGGCCACAGUAGCUGCAUUACGCUGGCGAUGAUAAUUUACAAAUGUUAUUUUUUUUUUAUUGUUAUUUUUUGUCAUGUCAAAUAUUAAAAUCGAAUAAGACUCCAUUAAUAAUAUAUAAUUUUAAUUAAUAUUUUUUUAUUUAAUAAAAUGCAAUAAAUAAGUAAUAUUAAUCCAGGGUUUAAUCAUAUUUGCAUGUUAAAAUUAAAGGACUUUAUUCCAUCAUCAUUUUUAAUUUCCAUAAUAUCCUGGAAAUAUAAUAGGAGUGUUGAUAUUUUAUAUUUUUACUCCAUAAUGACUGAAUGACCUUUAAAAAAGUGGUUAACAAAUAUAUAGUUAUUUAUUCAAGGUAGAAUUUCGAACUUGGAAAAUUUAGAACUUUCUUCCUUCUAUGGUGUAACUCGUCGUUUACAGUCAAUCCAAAUAAUUAACAGAUGCGAGUUCGAAUCCUGACUCAUCGAGAUUGAAGAUACAAUUUUUUCAACCUAAUAAUAAUAAUUAUUCCGUAAUUACACUAAUAAUUUUACAUUAAUAGAAAACUUUUCAAAAAAUAUUUAAUAAUUUUUAUAAAUUCUGAAUAUUUUAAAAUAUAAAUCUAAUUACAAAUAUGAAUUAUGUAUGUUAUUUAAAGUAUACAACAGAGGGAGACUUUGUACAAAAGUCGAUUGCUUGGGUACCUCUGUCCCAUUCGUGUUUCAACCGUGAAGCAGUUGUGUUUGCAUGGCUGUGUUUCGGUUUGAAGGGUGGGAUAUGGCGUGAAUUUACAGGGUACAGAGGAAUAACACCUGAGUCCUCAGGAAUGGCAACGUAUGGAGGUAUCAUGGGUGAAACAGUAUACUCUGUUAUGUCCAUGGUACUGCUCGUGUCUAUAGGCGACGGUUACCACUUUCCAUCAGGUGGGCCGACAGCUUGUUUGCCAUUCUAAGUUGUAUAAAAAAAAAUUCAAUUUAUUUUUUUAUCGUCUCUCUAUUUUUGUUAUAUAAUAAAUAGUUAUAAUUUUUAAUAUACAAUAUAAAUGUAUAUUAUGUAAUUGAAAUGAAAAAUGUUAUUAAUAAGUUGUAGUUUUAUAUUUAAUGUUUUUUGUAAAUAAUACAAAUAUAUCAUUGAUAAUUGUGAUAACGUGAAAAUAAAUGAAAUGGAAAUAUU